GCGCGCAUUCCACGACAAGCAUGGCGAGGCGCCAGCCGUGGAGGGGGCAUUUCACAUUACCACCGCAACUCGCUGGUCCGUGAUCAUUCUACUCUAGCAGUCGUUGGUGAUAGGUUGUGUUGUGCUGCUGUGUGAUUUUUCACUGUCUGUUCCGUUCGGCCAAUUUGUUGUUAUUGCACAAUAUUGCGGUUUUUGGUGCAGUGCUGUGAAGAUUUUAAAGUGAUAAAAUAUCGUAAUAAUUUAUCACUUUCACGUUCGUAGUGCGUUCAAGAUUGCUUCAACCAGUGAAUUUCAACAGAAAAGUGAACACAAAAUGGGAAUUGAAACUCUGGCCAACGAACCCAUCAUGCUGAACAACAAGGAAAUGAAGCGAGUGGGGCGGGCAGUAACCUCAUUACUCACAGUUGCUGCUGAAGAAAAUAGGAUCACUUGUGGUCUAAGGCCCGCAAUCCAGAUGUUAGAGAUGGAUCCGAGUCAGAUACUAUUCUGUGUGAUGCCUCAGACGAGGGAUUCAGCAAAACACAUCCAGUCUGUUCUACUGCAGGCCUUCUGCUAUGAGCACAAUAUUGCUAUCAUCAAGGUAGACAGCAUGGAGAGACUGAGAGAGAUUGUAGGAGCCGCAGACUGCAGCUGUAUCCUGAUCCACAAGAACAUCAAUCACAUCUUGUGUUUGGAGUUAGAGCUUGACCGGAUACUGCACUCGGUGGAGACCGGAUUCGUCACACAACCUGUGUUUAAGCUUCCAGCUAAAUGAUCACUUCUGUAAAUAUGUUAUGAGGACUUAUGGGAGUCAUUACUUCAUUACGUAUGGCCAACGUAAUAGGCCUACUUGUAUAGUGUGCUGCUCGGAGUAUUCCUCCAGUGAAAGCGACACAGCAGUGGAUUCAGCUUUGGCUCUUUAGCCAACCUGAUGGUCUACAUUUCUGCUAGAAUAGCUAGCGUACAGUGGCAGAAGAGUACAGUAUUGUAAUCUCAGUUUUUGAAGAUGAAGGAUAGAAUUGUAACAAUAGGAUAAACUAGGAAAGCGAUAAGUUAUACCAGGAUAAACUAAGAAAACAGUAAGUUACUUAUGUAUUUUUUCUCUGUGUGGUAUCUUUGUAUAUAUACUUAUAUUCCAGUUUUACAAAUGUGUUAUAUGCUAGUGCAAAUAAAUUUGUUACAUUUUGAA